AUGGUCAAGGCCUUCGGUCUUGACGACUGGUUCAUGGCCGGCGCGACGGUGUUCUUUGCGGUCUAUGGUGCGUGUAGUUAUACCGCCAGCUGUUAUGGUCUUGGACGACAUGAAGCGGACCUUACACACGACGCCGUGGUGAAGACUAGAUUCUAUUGGUGGUUGUGUUAUAUUUGGUAUGACCUUCAGGUCGUUUUUUCGAGACUGUCGAUCGGUUGCUUCUUUCUACGCCUUACGGUCAAGAAAUGGCAUCGACACGUCAUUUUUGGCCUCAUCUUUUCGACAGUAUUCCAGGGGAUUGCCUUCAUCUUCGUCACCUUCUUGCAAUGCAUUCCCUUGGCGCGCUUCUGGGAUAAAAGUUCCGUGGGAGCCUGCUGGGAUGACUGGCUAAUUAGGAUCCUCCUCUACAUCUAUGGCGUCUGCACUUUGCUCAUGGACUUGUCUUACACACUUCUACCCGUCUUCAUCAUUAUCGGCCUGCAGAUGGACCGUAGGACCAAAAUCGCCCUCGUUCCCAUUCUUGGCCUGGGUUGCGUAGCAAGUGUUGCUGUCAUCGUCCGAUUCUUUUACAUCCACAGCUGGGGGUCGGCCGACUUUACCUGGGACAAUCUCGAUACCGCGAUCUGGACGAUUGUAGAACCGGGACUCGGUAUAACCGCUGGCAAUUUAGUCACACUGCGGCCUAUAUUGACCAUCAUCCUGAGGACCCUGGGGUUGUCAACAACACCUUCGAACUACCACGUGUCUGAUGAUGCAGCCCCUCGAACGAUAGGGGCUGCUGAUCAAAGCAAAGGGAGGAAGGCCAGCCGACAUUCGCUUGGUUUUGAAAACGAUGUCGAGUUAGAUGAAACCCAGCCAGCCAGAAAUUCCAACGCACGCCAGGGUGCUCGGAAGCCAUCCAGUGCUCAAGGUUACAGAAGCCAGGAGAACCUAUUGGAGCCACACCCAAAACAUAUCGAAAUAGAGGUGGUGGAUGAAAUCAAGGCCACGCCUACAAGCUUCCUACCUGGAGCAGGAGGCACCAGAAGGGGGUCAGGGUCUACAUCCCGAUCGCGCUGA